AGCAAAAACUUUUCCAAGGGCUAUACAGACAUUCAGGCAAAGGUCCGCACGGCAACCUCCAAUGACCCAUGGGGUCCUAGCGGCACUCAAAUGAAUGAACUCUCCCGGGCGACGUUUAAUCAGCAAGAGUUCCUGGAAAUCAUGGAGAUUUUGGAUAAAAGAAUGAACGACAAGGGCAAGAAUUGGCGACAUGUGUUCAAGGCCCUGACCGUGCUGGACUAUCUGCUUCAUGUUGGAUCGGAAAAUGUGGUCCGAUACGCGCGCGAAAAUCUGUACAUCGUUAAAACCUUGAAAGAAUUCCAAUUCAUUGACGAGGACGGAAAAGACCAGGGCUCCAAUGUGCGUCAAAAGGCUAAGGACAUUACAGCACUACUCUCGGAUGAGGCCAGACUCAGGGAGGAGAGACAGUCCAGAGCAGCCAUGAGAGAUCGCAUGAGCGGAAGAACCCCAGGCGAAGGGCGCUAUGGCGCUACUACCCCUGUGUACGAUCGACCAGGAGCAGGCGAUGACGAGCGUGACCUUCAAAGGGCACUUGAAGAGAGCAGGCGCAUGGCACGCGAGGCACAUGGCGAUAGCAGCGACGAUGACCUCAAGAAAGCCAUGAAACUAAGCAAGCAGGAGGAGCAAGAUAGACUGGACAAAAUGGAGAAGUACAACAAACUGCCCGCUACAGAAGACUGGGAAGGCCGCUCCAGGUACUUAUUUUGGGCGCCCUAUCGCCCUAUCAUGCAUUAA